UAAAUGGUUCAAUUCUCGAUUCGGCAAUCGAAUAGAAUUUUGUAAUUCUUAUCUGAAAGAAAAAGAAAAUGGUUUAUCUUUAACUUCUUAUCUGCGACUUCAGUUUAUAACUAAUGAUAUUGGCAAGAGAUAAAAUCCUUUAGUCGAUCGCUGCUCUUACAAGUUACCAGUCUGAACAAGCAAAGAUUCCGAUGGAAACUUCUGCGUGUGCGGUGGAAAUAAUUACGGACAAAACUAUUUUGGAUAUAAUAACGGAUAUAACCGACGAUCCCGAGCAGGAGGAAGCGUUUUUUGUGGCCGAUCUCUCCCAAAUAAUACACAGAUUUAAAUUCUGGCAAACGAAAAUGGACGGAAUAAGACUGCUUUUCCCUCUUCGGUAUAACAACGAUCCUAAGGUGAUCGUCACGUUGGGUGCUCUAGGAGUGAAUUUCUCUUGUGCCAGCAAGAUGGAAAUUGAAAAUGUCUUGAGAGCGGGAAUCGAUCCUUCUCGUAUUUGCUACUCCAAUCAAUGUAAAUCCCCCAUGUCGCUAACAUUUGCUGCCGAAUGCGGGGUAAAAUGGCUGUUCUUCGACAAUAAAUGCGAAUUACAAAAGAUUAAAGACAUUCACCCGUCAGCCGAACUGAUUCUUCCCAUUGAUAUUUCUUAUUCUCCCGGACCUAAAAAUGCCAUAAAAUCUGGCUACGUCCAUCUGGACGAAGUCUCUUCUUUACUACAAGAAGCCAGGGAUUUACAAUUACGAGUUGUUGGAGUCAGUUUUUAUAUAGAAAAUAUAGAAGUAGUCGAAGAAUUCACAAACGCCAUUUUGACAGCCAGUCGAGUGUUUAGUAUCGGAGAAUCUUUAGGAUUUCAUUUCUCUAUACUUGAUCUUGGUACUGGAUUUCCCUCGAAAACGGAAACUUUAGAAGUCAACUUCAACGAGAUAUCUUCUAUUGUCGGAGAUGUUUUACACGACCAUUUUCAUCCCAGUAACGAAGUACAGAUCGUGGCAAAUCCGGGAAGAUUUCUUGUAUCUUCUUCCUUCGUAUUGUGCGCUAACAUUAUAGCCAAACGAGAAAUGGAAACGGCUACAGAAAAUGGUGAAAAGACGAAAGUAUGUCAUUAUUACAUAAACGACGGCGUUUUCGGAAGUUUUAGCGACGUCAUUUACUACAAAAUGACUUAUUAUCCAAUAGCAAUAAAGAGGAACCAUUCGAACACGGUUCAUCGAUCCGUGGUUUGGGGCCCAACGUGCGAUUCUACAGAUAGAAUAGUAGAAUGUUCGCUCCCCGACUUGUCGGUGGGGGAUUGGCUCAUGUUCCGCGACAUGGGCGCUUAUUCCUUCACUCGAAACACCAGUUUUAAUGGGUUUAACACGCCCAAAGUUAAAUACAUUCUUCCUUUUCAAGCUUUAAAAUACCUCCAAAAUCUACCGAAUUGGAGUGAAAUUAGAAGACGUUUGAAUAUUUCAUCGUAAUUAUUUUUCCAGGGGAAAAUCUACUUCUAAAUUUUUAUAUCGUUUAUUUCUUAAUAAAUUUUUUAUUAUUUGUGGUAUAUUAAACGAGUGAAAACAGCUUCCUAUAUACGGUAAAACCUGUCUAACACGGAACUUGAAUAAAACGGAAACCCGUCCAAAGCGGAAAAUUCUGAAGAAACGUCCCUGGGAAAAUUCAGAUCAAUGCUCUUUUAUGGAAAAUUGGCCCAUAUUUAGGGGUUAUUCGUGUAAUAUUGGGAAAUUGGUCCCUAUUUAACUGUUAAAGAUGUGAAGAAAAUCCGGAAAACUC